AUGGAUGUCAAUGAAGAUAAUUUGGAGACUAAGUUAAUGUACGACCAACUGCUGGUAGAAUUUCUGAAUGAAUAUUUGGCUUCACCGACUUUUGGAGAGCGUAUAACUUACAACUACAAUACGGGCAACUUUGAAAGUCUACGAGAUGAAUUAAUUGAUCAGAAACAAUUCAUUAGCAGUAAACGAACAAUUUUUAUACCACCAGGAUCACCCGAUCCAAACUCAUGUACUUCCAUUCAUGUUUACGUCAAGAGUAUAGAGAAAAAAAUUGGCUUACAAUGGUUCAAGUUACAUCGAUUAAAAUCGUUUUUACGUAGCAAAUCCUACUGUGAAUAUCGUUUAGCGAUUGCUAUUGAUCAAAACUGGGCAGAUCAUCAUAGUAAGAAAUAUUCUGCUACAAAAGAUUCCAGAUUUAAUGUAAACAAUCAAAAAGAAAGUCUAGCUAAUUCUAAAACAUCUCAGAAGAAUGGCACAUUGUCUAUGGCCGUAUCGAAGAAAGUUAUGGAUGAAUUUAAAGAGUUUAUCCAAGAUAGUGAUGGAUGCAAGUAUUUUAAUUUCUGGGUAGAUAUUGAAUAUGCAACGUUACAAAACGACCUAGAAAGUGACGAAAGUUAUUCAAAUAUAAUCCGAUUAAUUCGGGAUAAGUAUGUUAAUAAUGGUAGCCCAAAUCAGUUUAAUAAAACAUUUCUUGACUCAACCGGGUUGUAUCGCCUAUCAGCAUUAAGUGCUAAAAAAUUAUUACAUGUACAACAAAAGGCUUUUACAGAAUUAGCAAGUUAUUGGUAUCCUCGUUUUAUGAUAUGGUAUCAGCUGCAACAUAAGUCCUUAAUCACAGAUAGCUCAAAUUCUCAUCGACAGAUUACCAGAUCAGUGGCUCAAUCAUUGUCUAGGCCUAGCAGCGCAAGUAAUCCAUCUAAAGCUGUUUCUCUAUGUAAAGUCUCCUUUCCUAGCGAACCUUAUUUCGAAGAAUUAUCCAUACCAAAACGUCGACCCCAAUCCGCAAUAUCGGCUCGUAGUAGACCUUCUUCUGCAAGAUAUAAGACAAAAUCUUUAACUCAAACACCAGGCUUAGUCGAUCACUAUCGUCAAACUUUAAAUCAAGUUGACAGCGAUCAUGAGAGUACCAAAGCAUGGAGUCAAAGAAAUGAAAUUACCAAUUGUGAAGGAAAUGGCAUUAAGACAAUUAUUACUAACAAGGGUAAAAUGAACGAACCUAAAAAACAACUCAUUGAAUACUAUGAUCAAGAACCGUUAUCCUAUGAUAAUGAAAGCUUAAUCCAGUCAUUGCGUAUUGCCUUGGAGAAUGACUCCAACUGUGGAAAUUAUUUUAAAAAUUUCUUACAGCAGUCUGGUUGUGAUCAGAGUAUUAAAAAUUGCCAUCAGUUAUGGCAUGAUAUACUGGAAUAUAUUCAAUUCUUUCACGAAGGUACUUUUAACGAAUUUAAAGUGGGAAGCUUCGCCAAGAGAAUUUUUAGCGACUAUAUAUUGCCUGGUAGCCGAUUCAAUAUUCAUUGUAACGAAAAACUACGUAAAAAGGUCAUUAAGCAACUGGAUCCGCCUUAUGAAGAUUUAUUUGAUAAUAUUGAAGAUUUUAUUUUAAGAAAAUUAUUACCGCCUUGGAAGAAUUUCUUACAAUUUGAUAAAGAAGAACUAUCUAAAUUACCAAAAAUGUCCAUUUUAAGAUAUGUGGAAACUGAAGAAUUUAUUCCAAUUUUGCAACGUGGGAUCGGAGUUUAUUCUGAAGACUGUGAUACAGAAUCAAGUUUAUACAUGGAUUCAUUUGAAUCUAUGCUAAGUCAGCACAGAUCGGCCAAGAAAUCAGAUAAAGAUUCUGUUAGCUUUAUGGCUGCAGCCUUGGAAGCUCUCAAUGGGCAGCAUUUUGUCGAUGGUAAAGGCGAUACAGACAGCGUAGAUGGCUCCAACAGUGAUAGUAGUUUUUCAGAUGAUGACAGUGACCUUAAAGGACCGCAGACAUUUCAGAAGACAUUAAGCAAUCGUAGUGAAUUAGAGUUUCUUCGUAAAUUUUUGGAAGAGAAACAAUCUGUCAAUGAUUUACUAUGUUUCCUUGAUAUUGAGGAAUAUCGUCGAGUGCCCCAUACAGAUGGUGCAACACGAAAUCUAUUGGCUAGCCAAAUUAAAGAGAAAUACCUAAAUAGGAAAUAUUUUUUCAAUGCUAAUAGUCCUGCUAAUAAAAUGGUUCAAAAGAAAAUCUAUACUGCUAUGCAUUCAAGUAAUAAACUUUAUCCGGAUUGUCCAUCAUCAUCUACAUUAAUCAGUGUGCAAAAGAUUUUAAGAGCUAGACUUCAGAAGCAUUGGUUUCCCUUAUUUCUACAAACCGAAGAUUUUAGAAGGAGAAGAGCACAAUCAAUGAACGCUAAAUUAUUCAACUUUAAUUGUAGCAACUCACAACAGGGCUCGGCAUUAAAGCUCCUGCGAAGUCGAUGGAAAUCUUCAUCAUAUGAUUUAAUUUAUCUUCGAAAAACCUUAAUUGAUGCCGAAAAAUCAGUUAAUUUUCAACAUUUCCUAGUUGCUAAACAUAAUCUUUUAGAAAGCAAUGUUUUAUUUUGGCGAGAAGUUCAAAAAUAUAAGGAAUUAUGUCAUUCUCAUGCGGAAAUUACCUUCAGAAUCAGUAAAGCGAAAGCCAUCAUUAGUCGAUUUAUUGAUUCGGCUGUUCCACCACGCAUACAAAUUAGCAUAUCCGUAGAUAUUGCUAAUCGUAUUGUUGAUCAGCAGAGGCAGGCUGGACCUUAUAUAUUUCGUGAAGCACAGCUAACAGUAUUCCGCGGCCUCUUUGGCUAUUGGGGAGCGUAUCGAGCCUUAGAAGCUACAGUCACUCCUGAUUACUUUGCUACUGCGGCCGAAGAAGCGAAAAAACAAAGAAGAGAAAGAUUUACUAUUUAUAAAAAACAGAUAGAUGAAGCAAAUAAAAAUAAUCAAAUGGAAGAUAGCAGUAUUGGUGGCGAUAGUAUCGGUGUCAUAGAAGAUAGUGUAGAACCUGAAAAGUUGAUUAAUGAUCAUCACACUUCAUUUCGUUAUUCGAUAUAUUGUAAGGAAGGUAUGGCUACCGACAAUGUUGACAUAAAUGCUACCGAAAUCAAUCAGAAGAAAAAUGAAGAUGUUAUUGAUAUUAAGAGUGUAAAUGGUGAAGAAAAGGAAGAAAAACUGGAGAAAAAACAACUGCCUCCACGAUCAAAAUCUGCACGUUACAGAAGAAAAAUUUCCGAUUCACUGAAGGAGAAAGAAGAGCAAUCUAAUGUGAUAGAUAGAAUCGGACUAGAAUUAUCGACAACGAAACAGCUCGAUAAAGAGGAUGUAUCAGCCAAAAUCACUGUUGUAAAAAAUAAAUCUCGCCCUUCAAGUGCUUCUUCUGCUUCUAUCAUGACUCAGUCUCCUCGUUAUACUACUUGGAAAGGUAACUCUAGCCCAAAUUUAUCACCUAAACUAUCAAAACAGGUUCAUUUGAGUGAAAAGGACGUUACUAAGUUGAAGGUCAGAACUCAGUUGCGUCAACGAUCGCAUUGGCAACAAAUCGUCAACCCAUCUUUACCAACCUGUCAAGAAAUUAUAUUACGGCGAUAUGCAAAUAAGUUCGAAGUCAAAUCGAAUCAUAAGAAACAUUAA